CACAAAUCGUCACUACUUUCAAUUAUUCUCACAGAGACUCACUCACUGACAAGCUUGGCAGCUAGCUACCUUGUGUGCCGUUCAAGCCACAGAAGAUUACUUUGCAGACAACGAUCAUCCACAAAAUCCCCGUCGCGUCAGCACUCUACCAAUCCCCACUUUCCACUUUUCUUCUUCUGCAUCCCCGGGUUGAAAAAAGAACGAGGCUUCUCGUCUUCUUUUCAUCAUCUGCACGCCAUCGCCAUGGGCCAAAUCCUCGACAGAUUCCAUGGUAAAGAGUGGAAGAAGAAGCAAGUGGAGUGUAUAACAGACAGGGUUUAUGAUCGAAUUUGUAAUCAAACAGGACGGCCUACUCUCACUUUCGACGAUCUGUAUAUUGCCGUGCUACUCGUGUUCAAUGACAUUAACAAGUACUUGCCAGGCCCCCAUUUCGAUCCGCCCUCCAAAGAGCACAUCCUAGAUAUCGUGAAGGAAUGUGAUAUCAACCUUGAUGGGGGGCUUGACCGUGAAGAAUUUGCCAAGUUCAUCCAGAAGCUAACAGCAGAGACAUUUGUGGUGAUCAGCCAGGGACUUCUGCUCACUUUGGUUGUGGCACCAACUCUUGCAAUGGCAACCAAGCGAGCCACGGAAGGCGUUCCACAUGUUGGUAAAGUGGUGCAGAAGGUUCCGAAUUCGAUAUUCGCAUCGCUGGUGACCCUUGCUGUCGUAUGGAUUCAACAGUCUCAGCAGGAAGCCCUGUAGUUAGAUUUGCCCCCUGAUGAUGAACGAUCACUAAGUUCGGUUUAGUUUCCUCUGUACUAGAUGUAGCUGCAAUAAUUUGCUAUCCUGACACGAAACUGUAAUUGUAAACCUGUAUAAAGGGCAAUCUGCUGUUUGUUAAUACUUAGCAAUGCCAUAUCUUUCAUUAGUUAACAAGAAUAAACACAAUUAACGAAUCAAUGAAUCAGUCAGUCUGCACUCUGCAGUACAUCAUCUUCCUUAACAGCAGAAAGACUACUAAAAACAGUGAACAACAAUGUGUUGUGGAACAUACAAUUACAGCAACUUGAAGGGUUUUUGGUCCUUAAGAAACCAACUUCAGACCCAAAUUUCAAUCCAUUGGCCGCAUAGAGAGCAAGAAUCUGCGGGAGUACUGAAUCACUCGAUGGUUCAGUGAUUCCCGGCAGUGGUAGUAGCAGACGCUUCCUCCGCAAUCCUACGCUUCUUCCUCGAAUACUCCUCCUCGUGACGCCGUUCCUCAUGAUCGAAAUUCCUCUUGCGGCCGCCGUAACACCCAUCUUCAGACCGAUCACAGUAACGCCGCCGGUCGUGAUCGAAGUUCCUCUUCCGGCCACCGUAAUACCCAUCUUUAGACCGGCCACCGUGAUACCUAUCGUGAUGCUCAUAAUCUCUCUUCCGAUCGCGGUGGUACCAAUCUUCCGACCGGCGCCGUCGCUGGUGGUAAUCAUCCGCCCCCUCAGCCCUUCUUCCCCUGAUGUCCCCACCGCCUGUUACAACGCAGCUCUCCUCUUUCCUCCGCAGGGCGGCGCCUCUCCCGCUCUCUUCACUAGCAAACCCUAGAACCCGAUCGCCUUCGACUUUCUUCUUCUCCUGUAACGAAGACUCCCUCGGCUUGUCUCUCGCUCCUCCCACUGCUGCUUCCUCCGCGGAAGAGUUGUUCGGCCGCCGCAGUUUGACCUCAAUAUUGACCCGCCCUCCUCGAUCGACAUCAUCAUCGCACCGAUUGGACUUGCUAACAACGAUCUCCGCAGAGAUUUCUCCCCCGUUCCGAGCGGCUUGCAGCUGACGCGGCGCCACCGCAGGAGCAGAAGACAACUCCUUAUUCUCCAGAUCGAACUUCUUCAGAAUCUGGCCUCUUAGGGCUUCGAGCUCGUCCGGCCAGCGGGAACCGGCGACGGCAAUGGCCGAGUCGAUGAUGUCGAACAAACCGUCUUUGGUUCUGAACAAGAGCCCAUAGCUCCCCAUUGCGAAGGUAGGGAGCGCCAUUGGCGAGAGUAUCGGAAAGAGCGAUUUAAGCAAGUAGAUCGAUCGGCCGGCGGCAGAGAAUUGAGUGAACUGAAAUUGGUUAUGGUAACUCGGAGUUCGAUUAUAUUUAUAGGAUUAAUAAUCGUUACCACGGCCAAACGGCAUCCUUAUCCUACAAGGAUUUGCAUUCUCGCAUAAUUUACCCUAACCUAAUCCUAAUUGGAAAAGGAUUUUUCCUAUAACAUUAAGGUUGCCAUUGUUGUGGAAAAGGAAAAGGAAAAAAAAAAAGAGGAACAGAUUGGAUUUAACGCGGCCCAAACUACCCCAGAAUGAUGGGAUCGUUGGGAUCGGUGCCAAUCGCCGGAUUAACAACCUCCCGUGACGUGGACGCCCGCCGCCCUCCAACGCGGCCGGCGACGUUCCCCCUGAGAAUCUGAACGGCGAACUUGACUUUGGUUCCCCUACUCCCGCGGUCCAGCACUUCAAACACGCAGGCGUCGCCGACGCGGAUGCGGUUGUCGUCCACGAAUUUGGGCCAGCCGUCCUGAAUCCGCUUGAAGUACCAGUUGCCCUGGUACGUCAUCCGCCACCAUUUCCCGCAGCAGGCCACCGAGGCCUGCACGGCGGAGCAGGGGAGCAGGUCGGAGAUUUUCUUGGGGACCACCACUGCUCUCUUCGCCCCUUCCGUGACGACGAAGUGGAAGUAAGGGUUCCCGACGAUCGGCCGGAUCUCCCGCCCACCGCCCUCCUCCGCCAUCCUGAAGGGUGUGGUUUUUGAGUGAGAAAAGGAAAACAGAGUGAAGAGCGAGAGAGAGAGAGAGAGCUGGGAUUGGAACAAGAAGUGUGAAGCGAGAUGUUAACAUAGGGGAGGAAAGAAGUGACCAUUGCUGUUUCCAGCAAAAGUGCCAUUUC